AUGGAUUCGUAUUCAGAACCUCAUAGAAUAUUACUCACCUAUAUACUAGCUGUGAAGGCCGUUCAGCAUAAGGAGCUCUUAGAGAAGUUCCAAAUAAUAUCCCAAGAAUACGAAGAAUUAGAUAUCGAUGAUCGAGAUUUAUCGCCAAAAUUAAGAAAGUUCAUCUCAAUAAUCAAUAGUAUAUUGGAGAAAUACUCUUUCAAAAUUGAUGAAUUGAAACAUCAAAUAACUGGAGAAUCUUAUUUCGUUUUCAUUACCACCAAGAAAGAUGAUUUCAUUAAAGGAAGUACCACCUACUCACCACCAGAAUUGGAUUCAAUCAAAACUAUCAUUGAAGAAAUUAUUGAUAAUGAUUCAGAAUUUUCAAUAGGAAUAGUGAAUGCGAAUCAAACAUUGGUUAACUCUCUCAACAGAUCUCAAAGAGAUGCCUAUGCUUUAUUAACGAGAUUAAUUGAUGAUGGUUGGUUUGAAUUAACUACUGAAGAUAAACUAAUUUUAUCGAUAAGAUCACUAAGUGACUUAAAACAAUAUUUGAUCGAUUCAUAUGGAAUCUACUCAAGUAAUGACGUUAAUGGUAAGAUUUUACAAUGUAAAGUUUGCUCAAAUAUUGUUACAUUAGGUUAUAAAUGUAAAUCAGAACCUAUUGAUGUUAAUUUCCAUUACAAAUGUUUAGAUAUUUAUAAUAGACAAAUGGCAUCAAAUGAAGAUGAUAAUAAAGAUUUUAUUGAUACCGAUAAAGAAAAUUUGACAGUAAUUGGGGUUGAAGUAGAUACAUUAAAAAUUACGAGUUAG